UCGAGGUUGGAUGAUUGACAUGUGUCAAAUGGGGUCAUGAUCAUCAAGAAGCAUCCAUUUCUCUGCUUGCUUCCAAGUCCGACGAUGCAAGCACUCGGUCGGUGCCGCCCCCGCGCCUUCUUCGCCCUCGCCGCCAUGACAUCCCCAGCUGUUCCCCUUGUCAACGGUGUAAGUCGACAUGUCGUCGCCGCCCUCGUCGCGAACACGGCAACCACCGUCGCAGAGAUCACCAACCUCCUUUGCGCCCGCGGGUACAACGUGGACAGCAUCGUCGUCGGCCGCACGAGCGUGCCCGACCUCAUUCGGUUGAGUGUUGUCGUGCAUGGGUCGGACCACAACGUGAGCAUGAUGCAGCAACAGCUCCAUGACGUUGUGCAAGUCGCGGCCGUGAAAAUUCUCACGACACCAGACCGAGCGCACGCCCUUGUCGAGCGCGACUUGCUGCUGGCCAAGGUGUCGUUGCAGGCAUACCCCCAGGCUUUGUUGACCGUCGAUCGACUCGUCGCACAGUUUAAUGCCACCGUUGUGGACACGUCUACCACUCAAACGAUGGUGCAACUCACCGCGUCACCGACAGACGUGGACGCCUUCUUGCACGCCCUCGGUCCGCUUGGCGUCCUGGAAGUCCAUCGAAGUGGCGUUGUCGCCAUGGACAAGGAACAGGCGGUCACAGACCGGACGCUGAACUUCGCAUUCGACCGGCAUCAUCCAGGCGACAUGGACGCCGUCGACAGCACCAUGCUUCCGCCCGGGUAAAUUGUUGAAGGAUUAAAGUAGUGUUCAAAAC